AUCACCAACACACCAAUUAAAACAAAAGCAACAAAAUCACAACCACAACCAUGGCUGAGGAGAAGCACCACCACCAUCUCUUCCACCACAACAAGGAUGAGGAGAAACCAAUAGAGACGGACGUUUACUCUGAGGCUACAUACACUACUACUCAGCCUGCAGAGACGGGCGUUUACUCUGAGGCUGCAUACACUACUCAGGCUAAUCCUGAAGUUGACUAUGAGAAGGAGAAGAAACACCAUAAGCACAAGGAGCACCUCGGCGAGCUUGGGGCUGCUGCCGCGGGUGCCUAUGCCUUGUAUGAGAAGCAUGAGGCAAAGAAGGAUCCAGAGCAUGCUCACAGGCACAAGAUAGAAGAGGAGGUAGCAGCAGCAGCAGCAGUUGGUGCUGGUGGGUUUGUGUUCCAUGAGCAUCAUGAGAAGAAAGAAACCAAGAAAGAAGAAGAAGAGGCUCAUGGCAAGAAGCACCACCAUCUCUUUUAGUUUAAUUAAUAUAUAAUUACCACCUUAAUCCUAAAUAAUAUUGUCUAGAUCUGCUGCCACAGCAGAUUACGACUGCUUCUUAGUUUGAAAACCAAACCAAACCUUCCUCGGUUCAGUUUGCUUCUUACCCUAUAUCUGUGUGGGGGUGUUAUCUGCCUUUUUCUUCUAUGUAUGCAAUAUAUAUCUAUAUAUCAAUGUGUUCAUUAUAAGGUGUGAAAAUUGCUAUUUAUUUUUGUAAA